AUGGAUGGCAAUAGGCCGCGCCCCGGUGGCUCUGCUUCGGCCGUCCCAGCAAAUGCAACGCAGCCUGCGCGUUCCGAGGCAUCGAAUCCACCCGCGCCGAGCAAUGCGCCCAAGGUCCAGCAGCCGAAACCCCAAGCACUGCCAUCGCGAUCUGGUCCCAGCUCCAUCCUAGUCUCGCCGCGACAGAAAGGCAACCCCAUCCUGAACAGUGUGCGCUCAGUCGCAUGGGAGUAUUCAGACAUUCCUGCCGAUUACGUCGUUGGUGCCACAACAUGUGCUCUCUUCCUGUCACUCAAGUACCACCGUCUGCACCCCGAAUACAUCUACAACCGUAUCCGAGACCUGAAGGGCCAGUACAGUCUCCGCAUCCUGCUUACUAUGGUCGACAUUGAAAAUCAUGAAGAUCCACUAAGGGAGUUGUCUAAGACGUCAUUAGUCAACAACGUUACCGUCAUGCUUUGCUGGAGCGCACAGGAAGCUGGCCGCUAUCUAGAGCUCUUCAAGACAUUUGAAAAUGCAGCGCCAACCAGCAUUCGCGCUCAGCAAGCAGGGACCUAUUCGGAGAAGAUGGUCGACUUCAUCACCGUACCACGCAGUAUAAACAAGACGGACGCAGUUGGCUUAGUAUCCAACUUUGGCAGCAUCCGCACUGCAAUCAACGCCGGGCCGGAGGAAAUUGGUCUGAUAGCAGGGUGGGGUGACAAGAAGGUUCAGCGAUGGUGUAACGCCGUCAGGGAACCCUUCAGAGUCAAGAAGGCAGCAAAGCGAACUGUCGGACAGAAUAGCAACCGAGCGAACAUGUCACGCGACAUCUCCAUGGCAGAAGACGAAAUUCAGACGCCUAUAGCAGCGGAUGCUGGUGACACAGCACACCGUAGAGUGGACGAUGCUGGACCUCUUGCUAUGGAAAUGGCAAGAACCGCGCCUUUUGCAGCUUCAGGGUCAGAUGCAGACCGACGACCGGACCAUCGUCCCGCUGAGGAUAUCGAUAAAGACGACGAAGAGGCAAUGCGCGAGGCAGAGCUAGGUCGUGUCUCGGACGGUAAUAAGGCUAACUCAUCCGCUCUAAGGCCAGUGAAAAGGAAGCAAUUAGAAGAUGAGAAUAAUUCAACUACCCAUAAGAUGGGUCUCUUUAAUAGGCUACCCGCCGAACUGCAAAUCGAAAUCUUUGACUAUCUCCCAGCUACUGACGUCAAGGCCGCGAGAGCUGUCAGCAGAACCUUUCGGGACAACGCCACGCCUGCGCUGUUUCGCAGCAUUGUUGCUUGUGCAAGAUACCAAGCGCUGGGAGCCUUUCAGAAUCGUUCAGGAGACCUUUCGGUAUCAGGCACAUGGAAUUUGCGAAUACAAGCUAAACUCAUAAUCCUAAUGGAGGUCUCGUUACAUUCGGUGUACCCAGGCUAUGUCAGAGAGAUCAUCUUCGAUGGGACACUCUACGAUGAGGUGCUCGCGAAAGAUCAUCGCUGUUAUCAACGAUCCGAGCAGAAGACAGACGAGUUCAACUCGUCAUCCUUCUACGCAAUGCGAACCAGGUAUGUAACGCGAUCAUAUACGAAGGAGCUCGAGGAGCAAGAAACUAUGAAUGUCGAUGGCGUUCUUCUGCAACCAAUUGCACGCGGCCUUGGAAACAUGCAGACCAUCUCAUCGAUCGUGUACUCGCCGCACCAACACGCUAUACCCGUGGAACGCAAGACACUGGGUGACUUGCUCACAAGAGGGGCUCUUACUGGCAGACUCGGCAAGAACCGCAUUACUCAUUGGGACCAUCCUUUCCGCCAAUUCAUCGGCGCUGUCUUCAUGUCAGGGUAUACUGGGAUUCGACAGCUCACUAGAGAAGCACCUUGCGAAGGACAUCCAUACACAGAGCUCUCCUUAGAAAUGUUCAGGUUUCCAGAAUCAAGCGAUCUGCUCGCUGUGAAAGACCUCUUUCGACGUUUAGUCAGACUGAACUCCAAUUUGUCUAUCCUUAACACCCAAACUAGGAAUUUACAGCCGCUCACCGACAUCGAUCCACCCACCCGGCAGCUCGAAAAUCUAGCCAAAGCUCUUGGGCUGCUCAGGAUCUGGGACGUCUUUCCUUCGGAAUCUUGGACUGGAAACAUCUUCAUGAGCCCAUUGGUCACCCGACACAAGGAGACCUUGAGAUCUGUCAUCUUUGUCAAGUCCGCUCUUUGUACGCGUUUGGGGAUUGAAGUGGUGAAUGAGGUCGUUUUCAACGCAUCUAUGAUUAUUACGUUUGUGUUAGACAACGUCAACGAGGAUGCCGGCGCGUGGUCUGCACGAGCGGAUACUAGAACAAAGCGUAUGUCAGGUUAUGAAGGCCACCUUGUUGUGGCGAAAGAUGGAGAUCGUGAAUUUGUCGAUACCAACCCAGACAAACCCUCGGUGGAGAACGACCGGCAUUUAGUGCGGUGGGAGUGA